GCAUAGCAGAUGCGGUAAGAUAAGGUUGAGAAUACAGUCUUCCAAGUUAUGAAUGAAGAUAUCGUGUGACAUUUGACAUUGAUUUUGACCGAGCUGUCACACUUACGUUGUAUAUGGAGGAUUUUGAAUGACCAGAAACUGCAAGAAUCUACAGCAGUUCCGAUGUUUAACAUUAUGUCUGUAACAUACAGCUAUACACACCGAGGCUGCUACGGUAAAUUAAAUAGAUUUGUCUAGAAGGUCUGAGCAACUUUAUGUCCUAUGUCGCGUUUUUGAUAAAGCUGACACAAUGCGCAUCUGCAGCAGUAAAUUUAACCAAGCUGUGGUUUGAAAUCUUCAGAAAUUCCUCGUAUGGCGCUGAAGAGGACGCGCGGAGGUCAGUCUUUACAUUUUCGAACCAGAGCAUCACGAUAAUGAACAAAAAAUUGAGAAAAGGAGCAUCGCUUCUUAGCUGUGAGGGUAUCUUCGAGGGGCGGAGUGAAGGAUCUUUACAGUCCUCAUUCGCUGAGCCUGACUCCACACCUCUGAAACUUCAUCAGCACCGUGCCUUUAAAAACCUGCUCAAAACAGGGACACCUCAUUUAUCUCCAGCUUUAUCCCACAGCCUUAUCCCACAGACGUAACGUUGUAAAAGCCUUUAGUUAUAUGUGAACGUCGCCUCUGAUUUGGGAAAUCUAGAGGGAUUACCAAAAUGACUGGCCAUCACUGGGGAUAUGGAGAGGAAAACGGUCCCUCUGAAUGGCACAGGGACUAUCCUAUUGCCAUGGGGAAACGGCAGUCUCCAAUAGACAUCGUCUCUUCAGAGGCUGUCUAUGAUGCAAGGCUCUCCUCUCUGACUGUGUCCUAUGACAGUUGUACGUCCCUCAACAUCUCAAACAAUGGGCACUCUGUAGUGGUGGAGUUUGAGGAUGUGGAUGACAAAACUGUGAUCAAAGGAGGUCCCCUGGAUGCCCCCUACAGACUGAAGCAGUUCCACUUCCACUGGGGGGGGAAGGGCAGUCAUGGCUCCGAGCACACUGUCAACGGCAAGUCCUACGUCUCUGAGCUUCAUCUAGUUCACUGGAAUGCUGCCAAAUAUAAGUCGUUCGGGGAGGCAGCAUCAGCCCCUGAUGGUUUGGCUGUCCUUGGCAUUUUCUUAGAGACUGGGAAUGAACACAGAAGUUUAAACAAGCUAACUGAUGCUUUAUAUAUGGUCAGGUUUAAGGGAACAGCUGCAGGAUUCAAGGGCUUUAAUCCUAAGUGCCUUCUGCCAAACAGUCUUAACUUCUGGACAUACCCUGGCUCACUCACCACACCUCCACUGUAUGAGAGUGUCACCUGGAUUGUCCUCAAAGAGCCCAUCCACGUUUCGGAGAAACAGAUGGAAAAGUUCAGAAUGCUGCUGUUCACAUCUGAAGAAGAGGAGAGGCAGCGCAUGGUAGAUAACUUCAGGCCCCCUCAGCCUCUCAAUGGCAGAAAAGUCUAUGCCUCCUUUAAAUAGAGGACAGCCAAAGCCCGGGCCUGCAGGCUCCACCUUGUUCUUCCAUUCCACAUCAGAACAUUCAACAUCAAUUCCAGAUCUGUACAAACAUCGAUCACUAUUUGGGUAAUGCAUUCCGGCCUGGAGCCUUCCAUUGUGAAAAAGAACAGCCCUUCAUGCAGUAGCUUCGCAACGGCAACAAAAACAAGACUCACAUAAUGUCUUUAUGUGGUAAAGUGCAUUAUAUCCACGGGCAUAUUACUAGCUAUGGUGCACACUGUCUUUUGUGAUUGAGGCCUACAGUCUUACAUCUUUCAUCAUAUUCGUGACCUCCAACGUGAGUCACAAUGACAUCACAGCUCCGCCUAAUGUGCCCUGCAGUUCACCCACAUGUGGAACUGAAUUUGGCAGCUGUUCUCUUACCAGCAGGUCACACUCCUGCUCGCCAUAUGAUCAGCUUGAAACAGCCAUAUUAAUGUAAGGGUUACUGAGACAAGUCAGGUACUAUAUCUUGUUUUUUUGUAUUUGGCCUACCCCAUGGGGUAAAACCUCCUAUUUGUGAACAUGUGUUCUUGUGUGAUUUGAAAUAUCCGCAGUGUGAUUAAGUCCUCAUCUAAAGGAAAGCAAUGGUGGGACGUUUGUUUUGGAAGUUCUGUUCUGGAGGGAGAGUAAUUUACUCCACAUGGCUUCAGUAUCAUUCUUAAAUACUGAGGGAUUAAAAUGUUCCCUCAUCCUUUCUGACCUGAACGCUCCAACCAUAAUAAGCCUCAGUGCUCACACGUGCGCUGAUGACAAGUGUAUUUCCUGCAUCCAUACACUGAGGAAGCCUGCAUUAACAUGGUGUGUGUGAAGUCUGGCAAACAUAACAGUUCUUAAAAUAGCUUUCUUCUGAACGUCAAGCAGAACCGUUUCCCUAACAAGAGAAUGAUAAAAUGUUUAGUGUUACUUAAGCACUGAAAAUGUACACUAACGUUUUGCUGAGGUUUACUCCUUGUAGUAUGUUUAUAUUAUCAGUUGGCGUUGUUAAUAAUAGCUUCCAAGCACUUUAAUAUAUGGUAGACUUGGUCUUAUGGAUGGUUAUUAAGAAAGGUCAUUGGGUGACAUGAAUCCUAGAAACUCUUUGAGACACCUUGUCAUAAAGAAAGCCAUAUAAAGCUGCUCCUAUAAUACAAUAAUUGCUGUAGAACUACAUGGACAUGAUGUAAUCCUGGACAGAAUGUCUGUUUGGGGACAUUUUCUCAGGUCAUCUGACAAGCCUGAUAGCUCUGUGAUCUCAGUUCUAGGAGAACAAAGCUGCACCCCAUAGUGAAAAACAUCUGCAGACUCUAGUGGUGUGUUCAAUGUGUUUAGUAUGGCCUAAGGUGUGGGACUUAAGGAGAAAUUACAUACAUGUAGUCACUUAAUAGCCACUCUGUACAUGAAACUUAACUGAGACUCAUGCCUGAACUUUGAUGGCCAUUCUCUAAACCCUGCUUGUCUGCUUCAAAUAAUGCUUCACAAUGCAGAUUGUAGAUUGUUUGGUUUGAUCCAAGCCCGUUAUUAUCCUUGAGGUUUAUAUUCUGAAGCUACCAAUUUAAAGUCUGGAAAACAAUAGGUAGUUUUUCUUUUCUUUUUACUACUAUGCAUAUUUCACUUUAAAGAUAAGCAUUGCAAUAGUAAGGUGUAAAAUACAGGUCUUAUCAUGUAAAGUACUAAGUGCUAUAUCCCUAAUCAUUUGUCUGAUUUUAAGGGAUGUCUUUGAAUAUUUGCGCCAUCAAUUUGUAACACAACCUUAUCUUUUUAUCUUAUGUUGCCUAACAAGAUCAGGUUUUAUUAACUCCUUAACCUUUGCUACUCAUUGACAUUGAGACUACACUAAAAUACAGCCAUAUCACCCUGCAACUCACAACUGGCAACCCACGAAGCUAAGCAGGGGUGAGCCUGGACAGCCAUGGCGCACUAUGGCUGCUGUCGCAUCAUCCAGGUGGGGCUGCACAUUGGUGGUGGUGGAAGGGAUCCCCAUUACCUG